AUGGUAGCCAUUGUUGAUCUUAAACUCUUUUUCAACAACUUUGAGGGGAUCAUGCCACAAGCUUUGGAGAAUCUUCACAAGUUGCAAGUAUUAGACUUGUCAUACAAUAAUAUAAGUGGAGAGGUAAUCGAUCAUACAAAAUUCUCUUUGUUUAGAGAGUUGUGUCUAUCCAAUAAUCAGUUAAAUGGGAGUUUAACCAAAAGUUUGGCAGAGCUUUCUAUGCUGCAAGUUCUCGAUGUGUCUUCAAAUUGUUUACAAAGUGAUCAUAUCAUUGAAUCACAUUUGUCGAAUCUUUCCAACUUAUACGAACUAGACUUCUCUUAUAAUUCAGUGUCAUUGAAGUUUAGGCCAGAUUGGGUUCCACCAUUUCAUCUAGAUACCAUCAGUUUGAGAUCUUGCAAGUUGGGGCCAGCUUUUCCUCGAUGGCUUCAAACACAAAAUUUGAUGUGGCUUGAUAUAUCAGAUGCAGGAAUCUCGGAUACCAUCCCCAACUGGUUUUGGGACUUUUAUGUGGGGUUCUUAAAUCUCUCCCGAAACAACAUUAUUGGUACCAUACCUCCUCAAUGGGCCAUGCUGAAUCUCUCCAAUAAUAUGUUGCAGGGAUCUAUUACAUACAUUUGUGAGAAAAAUGGAUCCAUGAGUGAUUUUAUCUCACUUUACCUUUCUCUAGAUCUCUCGUAUAAUUUGUUAUCUGGAGAACUCCCUAAUUGUUGGGCAAAUAUGCCAAAUUUGUUUAUGCUUAAUUUGGCAAAUAGUAGACUCUCCGAGAGAAUCCCUGAUUCUAUAGGGAGCCUGUAUAGUCUUCAUGCAUUGCAUUUGCAGAACAACGAUUUCAUCAGAGAAUUGCCAAAAUCAUUGAUGAAGUACUCUUUGCUAAAACUAUUAGAUGUUGGGGAAAAUAGACUAUCAGGGAGGAUACCAGCAUGGAUAGGCACAAGCCUACCACAUUUGGUGGUUCUUCAGUUGCCAUCAAACUUGUUCAAUGGUAGCAUACCCUUGCAAUUAUGUGAGUUAACAUCUCUUCAAAUCUUGGACCUUGCCAUGAAACUUGUUCAAUGUUUAGCAGCCACGAUUCAAAAGCAAAGCUCAAAUGUUAGCAUUGCUCAUGAUGAUUAUUCUGGUACAAUUUUUAUCCAAUUUUACAUGAACUACUACAUUGACAAUUUAUUGGUGAUUUUCAAAGAAAAGUAUAGUAAAACUCUUGCACUAGUAAAACUCAUUGAUCUUUCGAGCAACAAAUUAAAAGGAGAAAUUCCAAGAGAAAUAACAAGUCUUUCAGGAUUGCUUGGGUUAAACCUUUCUGGGAACUUUUUGACUGGAAUCAUCCCUCAAAAUAUUGGUGACAUGAAGCUUUUGGAAUCUUUGGACUUGUCGAGAAAUCACCUUUCAGGCGUAAUUCCCCAAAGCCUAACUACUUUGAGUUUCUUAAGUUACUUGAAUUUGUCAAACAACAAUUUGUCAGGUAGAAUUCCAUCAAGUACCCAACUCCAAAGCUUUAAUGCUUCUGCAUAUGCAGACAAUCAAGAUUUGUGUGGCCUGCCUCUUUUAAGAAGGUGUUUGGGAGAUGAAGCAGUUCAAGGUCUUCAACCUGGUAGACAUGCAAAAUUCUAUGAACAUAUGGGGCUUUAUACUAGCAUUGCACUCGGAUUUAUUGUUGGAUUUUGGGGGGUUUAUGGAUUGUUACUGCUCAAGAGUUCUUGGAGGCAUGCCUACUUCCAAUAUUUGGACAGAAUUGGAGACAAGUUUUACGUGACAAUAGCUAUCAAUGUGGCCAAAUUUAUGAGGAACUUUAAGACUUCGCGCUACCAAGAAAAUAUUUAG